GGAAGGGGCGGAGGAAGUCGGGGGGAGGGGGUCGGCGAGGGAAGGAGGAGGAUGCCAUCCAGCUGAUGAGCCAAGGGGCCGAGGAGAGAUGGCCAGCUGGUCUCCCGUCUCGCCGGACGGACCCCGCGAAGAGCCCAGAUAAGCUCCCCGUCUCGCUGCAGCCCCCUCCCCGCCCCUCGCCUCGGGCACGAUGGAGGCCCCGCUGGUGAGCCUGGAUGAGGAGUUCGAGGACCUGCGGCCCUGUUACCCCGAGGUCCGGGAGGAGAAGCCCCGCUCUGUCUUCGGGUCGCCCCCCGCCCACCUGGAGGACCCGUCCCUCUCCGAGCUCGAGAACUUCUCGUCCGAGAUCAUCAGCUUCAAGUCCAUGGAGGACCUGGUGAACGAGUUCGACGAGAAGCUCAACGUCUGCUUUCGGAACUACAAUGCCAAGACGGAGAACCUGGCUCCCGUAAAGAACCAGCUGCAGAUCCAGGAGGAGGAGGAGACCCUGCGGGAUGAGGAAGUGUGGGACGCUCUCACGGACAAUUACAUCCCUUCCCUGGGGGAAGACUGGAGGGAUCCAAGCGUCGAGGCCCUGAACGGCAACGUCUCGGAUGCCGAGAUCCGUGAGAAGGAAGAGGAAGAGCUCAACGAGAAGAGCGAAAAUGACUCUGGCAUCAAUGAGGAGCCCCUGCUGACCGCCGAUCAGGUCAUUGAAGAGAUCGAAGAGAUGAUGCAGAACUCUCCAGACCCUGAAGAGGAAGAGGAGGUGCCGGAGGAGGAAGAGGAGGAGGAGGAGGAGGAGGAUGAAGGAGGUACCCCCUUGCAGGCGGACUCUGCCCUAUUUCAAGAGAUGCAGGCACUGACUCAGACCUUCAACAACAACUGGUCCUAUGAAGGCCUGAGGCGCAUGGCGGGCGCGGAGCUGGCCGGGCUCCUGGCCCGCGUGGAGGGGGCCAUCCGCGACUACUCGGAGGAGCUGGUGCAGCAGCUGGCCCGGCGUGACGAGCUGGAGUUCGAGAAGGAGGUGAAGAACUCGUUCAUCACCGUGCUCAUGGAGGUGCAGAACAAGCAGAAGGAGCAGAGGGAGUUGAUGAAGAAGCGGCGGAAAGAGAAGGGGCUGAGCCUGCAGAGCGGCGGCCGGAUAGAGAAGGGCGGACAGAUGCCUCUCAAGCGCUUCAGCAUGGAGGGCAUCUCCAAUAUUCUGCAGACGGGCAUCCGGCAGACCUUUGGCAAUUCUGGAACUGACAAACAGUACCUGAACACAGUCAUCCCCUACGAGAAGAAAGGCUCACCGCCCUCCGUGGAGGACCUGCAGAUGCUGACCAACAUUCUCUUUGCCAUGAAGGAGGAGAACGAGAAGGUGCCGACGUUGCUAACAGACUACAUCCUAAAAGUGCUCUGCCCCACCUAACCCCGACUCCCUCAGCCACCCAGCCGCAGGCGUGGCCGGGCGGGCGAGAGUCCUUCCGCUGCGGGGACCGCAUGACACCUCGUACCCUCCAACGUGUGUAUUUCAGCGUGUAUAGCGUACGCAUAACGGAUUAAACAUGAGCAGACCGGGGCCUCA